UCCCUUCGCUAUAAAAGGAUUCUAUCCCCCUCUUUCCCCUGCCUCUUCCUCUCCUCCCAACCUCAACCUCCAAACUCCAAACUCACUUCCAACUUCCUUUUUAGAUACCCAGCUCUAUAAAGCAAUCACUGCCCUCAUAACUCACCUCAUCUCAGGCAUAUACAUAUAUACAAUACACACACAUACAGCUGUAGACAAUAGAAGGUAGGCAAGAAGGAGGAAAAGUUGAUUAGAUGUGGUAAAGAUGAGUUGUAACGGAUGCCGAAUACUAAGAAAGGGCUGCAACGAAAACUGCAUACUACGACAGAGUUUACAGGGGAUUGGGAGCCCUCAAGCUCAAGCUAAUGCCACAGUUUUUGUCGCCAAAUUCUUCGGCCGCGCCGGUCUCAUGUCCUUCCUCUCCGCCGUCCCUGAACCCCAAAGACCAGCCUUGUUUCAAUCGCUGCUAUAUGAAGCUUGUGGGAGGACCGUGAACCCAGUAAGUGGAGUGGUGGGGCUACUGUGGACCGGCAACUGGCAGCUGUGCCAGUCUGCAGUGGAGACGGUUCUCCGUGGCGGAGUUUUGCGGCCGAUGAUGAAUCUUCCUUCCGAACCUCAAGAAGCUGUGGACCAUGAUGAUGCGUCGGAGGCGAGCCGUCUGUGUCUUAACUUGUCGGCUGCGUUGCCGGCCAGAGUGACGGCAGGCGGGAGAGUGAAGAGGAGGUCGGCCACACCGGAGGAGUCCGAAACCUCCACUAUGGAGAGCUGCUAUGAUUAUACUGCUAGUAAUUGUUAUCAAAAUCUAAAAGGCGGAGAAGGAACAAAGCUUCUUAGACUCUUUUUUUGACUGAGCACCGGCAAAUGCAAUUUUCCUGAGGAUUUUAAUCAAUUUGACUUUUUUCCCCCCUCUUUCUUGGGCGCUUCUGGGGUUUUAUUUCAGUUUCCUUUGGCCGGCAAAAGCGGUUUGGGGGGGUUGCUGGAUUUCUCACUUGUGGUUUGUCUGAAUUGUCACUCGUAUUUGUGACCUUGAAUAAAAUCAAGUAAAUUCUCAGCCA